AUGGAGACAUUCUUUAAGGGGAAACCUUAUGGGAACUUUGAUGAACGCGAGGCCCUGGCGGCCAUGCUGGAUCUGCAGGAGUACCAAGUUCAGGUGUGGUUCAAGAACCGCAGGGCCAAAGAGCGCAGGCUGCAGAGACCAUGGCGCGGGCAGAAGAGCCCUGGGGCCCACCACGCUUUGCCCCAGAAACCGGGAGCCUGGGCCCCUCAGCCCGCUCCUGCGCCUUCGGACCCUGCCUUCAGGAAGGGCCUGGUGCUCCCUGCCAGCCCCGUGCUCCCUCAGCACAGCCCCUGGCAAGUCUUCCCAGCAGCAGAUGCCAGCGCCUCCAGCUACAGCCAGGCCUGCUGGCACCCUGCCCAGGGCGUCAGGGACAUGGUCCCCGCUGCACCUGCACCUGCUGCCGCUCCCGCUCCAGAUCCAGAUCCAGCCGAGGCCACAGUGUGGCCUCAGGUCCCCGAUGAUGAAGACAAUGACGAAGACGACGCCAAAGCCGCCCGCAAUGCGUCCCCAGACCCUGAUUUCACAGAGCUGCUCUCUGCCCUAGAGGGCUUGGAGGAGCCCUUCUCCUCUCCCAGGCCCUGA